GCUUGGAGACAAGCAUCUGGGGUCGAGCGCUCACAUACAUUUACGCGAUCCAAUGCGCACAUUGGCACAUCUCACGCGCGCAUUUAUUCACGCGCCUGUCAUGGUGCUAGGUGUUUGUUUCGAGGAUUAAUAUUUCAGAAAGACUCCGUUCGUGGUAGGACAUCUUAAUGCUUGUUCAUAUGACAGUUUGUCAUUUUGGGGUUGUUUGUUGUAGCUCUUAGUUUUUAGUUGGAAUUUGAUUUUCGGCCACAUCAUUUUGGAGAUUUAUCUGCGAGACUCUCUGUCGGACGGUAGUCCCCGUGUAUGGAUGUAGCGGGCGACGGGGUGUCGGUCUGAGGGGUCGAUACGGAGCGAUCCGGGGGUUCCAGACGCGCUUCCCCGAGAUUCCCCAGCAGCAGCAGCAGCAGCAGCAUCACCGUCCAGCCGAGCACAUUCAGCAGCAGACGAGAUGAUUCUUCUGGGAAUUCUUCUAAAUCUGUUCUUCAUUAAGGGUUAUUUUCCCUCUGUGGUGCCAGUGUUCCCUGGGACUUUAGACUGCAUUGCUGCGGUACAGAAAUGUGUGUCGGAUCCAGAAUGUAAGAGACAGUUCCGACACCUGGAGUACUGUGUGGACGAGGAGGCGGUGGCCCCUCAGAGCCUGGAGGCACGGCAGGCAUGCAUCGACAUCCAGAACAGCCUCAUGCACUAUCAACCCCUGCAACAAUGCAAGUGCCAGCGUGGUUCGCGAAUGGAGCAGCACUGCCUGAGCGUUUACUGGACCAUCCGCUUUCCACAGGGUUAUGAUGACAUUGAGACGUCCCCAUAUGAAGACAUUGAACUGGAACUGGUGAGAAACACGGAAACAUCAAAACUGGCUUCAAUAAUUUCAGUGUCGUCUCUUCCUCUGACGGAUCAGAACCAGUGUCUCAAAGCAGCUCAGGACUGUGGCUUGUAUGAGAAGUGCGGUUCCUUGCGUUCUGAGUAUGCGUUGGCUUGUACUAAGAUCAUACCGGGCACAAACCACUGUAACAGGCACAAAUGUCACCGCGCUCUACGGAGGUUCCUGGAGCGCGUUCCAGAGGAAUACAGCUUUGGUGUCUUGUUUUGUCCCUGCUCAGACACUCUAUGUGGGGAGAGGAGAAGGAAGACCAUCGUCCCCUCCUGCUCCUACGAAGAACGAGACGGACAACCCAACUGCCUCCAUCUGGAGAGCUACUGUCUCAAAGACAACCUGUGCAGGUCGAGACUGGCUGAUUUCCAGCAGAACUGUCAACCGUCUUCUCUCUCCCCCUCUGGCUGUCUCCGGGAAAGUGGAGCCGUGUGUCUUAAGGCCUACGCUGGACUCAUCGGCACCAUCAUGACUCCAAACUAUGUGAGUAACAGCAGUACAGAGGUGUCGCAAUGGUGUAAUUGUGAAGGCAGCGGGAACCAGUGGCAGGACUGCCUGCGUAUCCUGCACAUGUUCAACAGCAACACCUGCCUGCGUAAUGCAAUUGAUAGCCUGGGAAGCUCCACCCCUCGUCCAGUCGAGAGCACGCCCUUUCCUCCUCCUCGCCCCUCCCCCCAGGUCCAGCGUUAUGAGCUGAACAUAAACCUGCUGCCUGAACCCAACACAGUGGUAGAAAGUGAAGAAGAGGAAGAAGAAGAAGAGGAGGAGGAAGAAGACGAAACCGCAGGAGGCUUCAACGUGAUCCCUCCGUUCUCAGAGAAGGCGACAGUUACUAACCUGGGCUCCGAGGCUGACCGGGUCCACAGCCCAGCCUCAACCCUCUCCACCCCUCUCUUCCUGCUCUCAGUUGUGCUGCUGAUUGCCCUCGGCUGGGGGUAGACACCCCGCUCACACACACACACUCUUACACACACAUAAACACACAAACACACUGUACUAAUGUACAUACAUCCAGACUCUAAGACCUCUUAUAGAUGGAUGACAAGAACAACUUAUUGGAGGGUGGAAGAGAGCAAAACAAGAGGAAAACUGUUCUAUCCCUCUUUCCUUUUCAUUCAUUCUGUUUCUCCUUCUAGGGAAGAGGGUCUGCUAUAGAUAUAGCUGCUUGCUCAUUAGGGAAUUACUUUCGGAAUCUGAUCCCCCACCUGAAUCAUUUGAAUCACAAGUCACAACUCCUCGGACUAACUGGCGUUGAUUACAGCCGAUGCUAAUCGAGUGAUUUGAUCGUACUUUGUAUCUAUUGUAUAAUGUCAGUGUGCUUCAGAUAUGAAAUGAAAAAGUGGGUUAAACUAGGCAACAUUGCUGUUUAAGACUCGCUACAUGACUUUCCCUAAAUGGCCAAACGUGUUCUGCACUGAAGCCUGCAUUCAGAACCCCGCUGUGUUUAUUGUUGCUGAACUUGUAUGAAAUGAGACAAAAUAUAUGUGUAUGUGUGUGUGUUCGUGUAAGUUUGAUUUGCUUGACAUCGCUGCUCGUUGACAUCGGAGAAAAUACUUGUCGAGCACAAUUCCUGAAUCUUUCAUUUUUCACACCUCUAUGUAUCACAAGCCAGGUCACACACCUAAUCACACAUGCACACACACACGCGCGCGCCUCUGCCCUGCUGCAGAGCUGAUCGCGCAGAUGCAAGCGUUUUCAUUUAUUGCUCUAUCUGUGAUGUGUUUCAUUUUCGACUCAGCGCAGACUGUGCACUCUAACCAGGGGCAUAAAUAGAACCGUGAACAGAAAAAAACAUAAGUAAUAAAGUCAAAACAAAGAAAUAAACAAGCAAAAUAAAUAAAUAUAUUGUCGAACAGCAGGUGUCGGAGUCCGGUCUGGGUUUAGAACUCGAGGGGAAAGAACAGGAAGUCAUUUUCCAGCCGCCUGUCGCCCUUGUACCUUCUCUCGGUGCCUGUUGUUUUACUUUCACAGAGAUAAUGGCUUACAACACAAAUUGUUUAUCUUGUUGUGUGUUCACGGCAAAGAAUUACUUGUGAUGGGAAAGAAAUAGAAAUAGAUCUUGGGGGGGAAAAAAACAAGAGAGACAGAGAGAGACUCAAACCCUCCAGAAAAAAGAAACAUGCAGUCUGGAAUCACGUGCUUUUACUCUUAUAAAUCCUUUGCUGACACUGAUGCUUUUUUCUCAGUCUCGUUUCUUCUUGUCCCAUCCUCUCUCCAUUCGUUCUCGUGUAUGUCCAUGGAAGUAAAAGACAGAAUCUCUGCUUCCCUCCAGAAGGGUUUUUCUUAGGGCACUUUCAAACUAGAGCCAUGGUGCGGACCUGAUGUUUGAUGUCAGAGUUUGGUUUGUUUGGUGUGAAAGCUUUUUCCAAACUUUGCUGUGCACCACCAAACCACACCGAGUCCACUUAAAAGGUGGUAUAUUUCGUAACUGAAACGCAGCAGAUUAGAAGCAUAAGGCAGGUGUUUUAAGCAACCCGUCUAUAUAUGCCACUGUGCUUUAAAGACAAUUCAUUUAAAGACGCAACUUUUACGAGAGGAUUUCCAUGCACUUCUUAGCACAACACAUGUAGCUGUUAGCAUAUUAAAUUAAAGCAUUGCCAAUGAAAAUGUUAACAUGUAUAUCCUUGUGCAAUCUCGCAUACACAUCAUCGCUAUACGCAAAUGCAUAAUUUAAAUGAAUUUAAAUGGCUGAUCUCAGUUCAGGAGAAUCUGUGAUGUCAGUAAAGGGUUCAUCUUUUGACGCAUCGAGUCAUGAGACCAAACAACAUGGCGUCGACCACAGCAGGGUUUGUCUUUUGGAGAAACGGCAAUAAAACUAUGUCUGGUGAGAAACCUAAUAAACUUUUUACAGUGAAAACUGUUUGAGUCAAAAGAUUAGAGUCUCUAGUUUCAUCUGAUAUGUUUUUUAUUUGUAAUUUUAGCAAUUUAUCGCAAAGCGUCAUGCUGCUAAACACAAUGUACACUAAUGUGUACUUUAGAUCAUUUUUUUCUUAGAAAUCAUACAUUUAUAGUGCAUUUUCACAUUGAGAAUCAAUGGGUUCAUACAAAACCUGAAAAAUGUUGCUUUCAGAGGCUUUAUACAGAGUUAGGAUGAAAAUAAGAUGCAUUUCGAACUGCUCUGAGACCAGUGCAGACACACUGGAGGUUAAGUCAUUCACUAAAUAGGGAGCAAGGGAGCAAGUGCAUUCACUCCUAAAAUCCGGUCAAAAGUUCAGUUUCAGGCUGUAGAUGAUGUCUGAAUCACUCAACAUGGUUGGCAGACAUGGGACAAUGAUAAUCAGUACAUAGAUUAAAAAUGUAUAAUGUGUAAUUUUAUUUGAACAUGGUUUGCAGUGAUUGGAUGAUGCUGGCCAUUACUUUGAAUCAGAAUUAAUUAUGCUAAUUUCUGAUGUAAUGUCUGUAACAUCUCAAAAACAUCAAUAACCAACACUCCUGGAAACAUAAUAAACUAUUUGAUAAAAAAAAUCUGAAAAAUGUUACAUUUGUGGACAUCAAUUUUUAGUAAAAUUAUAUAGAAAAUGCACACAGCAGUCACACUCGGGUCUCAGGAGGUUCAAUUAAAGCAAUGCCACUGAAAAUGUCUGAAAUUAUAUAAUUAUAUUCAUAUAAAUAUAACAGAAAUUGUUUAAGAUGCCAUGUCAGUUAUUAAUAGCCCAACUUUUAAAACAUAUUUCCAAACCAACAUAUUUUGUCUAAUGACAACUCAUAAUUAGUACGAGAUGGCGAAAUUGUAAGAAAUCAUAUGUAGGAAAUGGAGUUGGCUUGUACAAAAACGUUCAACUUUUACUUCCAUUGAGAAAAGUAAAAGAAACAACAAAAAAUAUUAUUAAGAACUCAAAAAUUAAACCUUAAAUUUAACCAUAAAGUCUAAAGCCCGAUACAAUUGACAGUGACCUCUGGCGACUAGAUGUGGGCGUGACUAGUUACUUAAGAAAGUUAAUAAAAGUUAAUAAAAGUAAAAAUGUAUGCAAAUGAGGAACAACAUUUGGGAGCGACAACCAAUAAACCAAUCAGGCAGCUAUUUUUCUAUGUAAACAAGCGGCAUACAAGUCCAGCUCCUAUCUACUUAAAUGGGGAAAGACCAAAUUGUCAAAAACGGUUGAUCAAGAUUAUGACCAAAGAACACAUUUCAAAUCAGCAGUAAAAUCUGAUAAUCUGAAAAUCUGAUACAUUGUGCUUCUUUAGCUCAGUUUACAGCUAAUGCUCAUACACCUUCUUGAAUUGAUUGACAGCCGAUGUCUGUAUCUAAAUGGUGAUUGGCUCUAUUACUUGUAAGGCGGGACUUCCUAUCUACAUCCAUUGAACGUUUGGUGUUCAGUUUCUCUCAUUCAUUUUAAUAGAAGUGGCCCAUCUCUGCAAAAUAGUCUAGCGAUUUCACUGUUAUAUGGUUCGUCUGCAGCAACAUUUAUGGAUAUAUUAUUAAAAAAUGUUGCCUGGAAAAGAAAUUAUCAGCAGUCUGAGUGAGUUUGAUUCCUACACUGAUAGAUUGUUCAUCUUGUUAAUGAUGUGAUGCAAUGAGCACUGCUGCAGUUCAUAUUAAAACACUCUCCACUGCAUAAUGUUCAUUUUUGGCAGCAAGAAAACGGAUUCCUUUACAAAUUAGAAUGAUAUCUUAAUUUUACUGGCAAUAUUUCUCGUUUUUGAGGCAUUCCAUUUCAGAUUUUUAAGAGAAAUGGCCACCAGACGAGCAGGCUACAAUGUUAGCGCAAAAGCAGUAAGAACGCCCACUAGCGACUUCACAGUACAGGGACUGGAGACAUAAAGCGAUAAGGUGGCUCCAUGUGUGUACAGGGCUUAACCCCUAUCCAAACAGUAAACCUAACCAUUUUUUAAAUAGUAAACAAACUUUUGUGUGCAGUGGAUGAAAGAAAUUGUGGUUUGGAAUGGGACGGAGAAAGGUAUUACAGGUUAUUGACAUACCUGUACAUCAGUCAUUUGUAUUGCAUACAUAUGGAAUAAGUAACCAAAGUCAUUGGUUCACAGAAGUUUCCUUCCUUAAAAUAAAGUGUUGGAUUGGAGGCUAGCUCAAAUUUGAUACCUGUAUUGUAUCAGUUAGUUAUUCUGUUUGCUGAUUGAUUGGUCUCUAUGUGAAUAAAAGUCAUACCUUUUCUUAUGUACCAAGUCAUACGAUAUCUUCAGAUUUCACCAUCUCUUACAAAUUAUUACAAGUUGUGAUGAGACUGUUGGUUUUGAGCGUGUUGUAUACGUAUGCAACCGCAGCUGACUGUACUAAAUAUAUCACAAAGCAGUUGAAGUUCACGUGUCGUAUACGUUCGUACGGACGCCGUUAUAAGAGUUUAGUUUGAUAUAGACCAUACCAGACGUAAAGACACAUGGAAAUAUGAAUUAUGUGGACUAGGUGAGAUAUUCGCCUCCCUCCUCCUCCUCUCCAGAUGAAAAUAAAUCUUAGCUAAAGUGCUCAUAUCUCAUCUUGCAUUCACAUGAAGCACCUUAGAUUACACUGACACGACUUUAAUCAGUUUGUGAACUGAUCUAUUAUGCUGAAGAACGUAGAGGGGAACGCUCUGGUUGAACAGACGUCAUGCUUUUCAACAUCUUCUCCUCCGUGGCAAGGUCAGCGAGGCAUGCAGCAUGCCCGUUCAAUCAGUAGGGUUAAUUAAGAGAAGAAACGCGCUCGCCACUGGACUGAUGCGCCUGUCAAAAUAGCGGGCAGCCUUUAUGAUGGCUGUUGUUAUUUUUUAAUUGUUAUCGGGGACCAGUGUCGUUCGCCCAGCCAUAACAGAGGGAGGCAGAGAAUGAGUGACAACGGAGGAGGAAAGGCAAGGCAUGGAUGUCAGUAAUUCACAUUAAAAAUGUUCUGAAUAAUAUAAGCCGCACAUUAAAUAAAUACACACUGCAGGAAUGUUUGGAGAGUAAGAGAAAAAGGGGGGAAUUCACUAAGAAUGAAUUGCGUCUGGUAAAAGCGGCAGUUAUUUUCAUGCGCUGUCUGCGCUGCUUUAGCACCUAAUUCACUAAAGGAAUUAUGCAGAUCAGGCAACAGCGCACACACCCACAAAAUUGUUGCACUGGAAAUUCAGAUCUUGCAGGCCAAUUCUGAAUGCAGCAGACCACCAUAAUCUGACACACACUGCCAGGACUGUACAGUAUCACCUGAAUCAUCUCUCAAACAUGCCGAAAGUGCACCUGACUCAGGUUAUAAUGCUCUUCUCCAUUAUUUGAUCUUUAUUUAAUACAUUUCUACUAAUAUACUCAAAAGAAAAUGUACACAAACUCUUUUAAAUAAAAUUAAUUUUAACGCAUGCUUUCACCUGGCGGUAAUAGUGCGAUGUAAAUUAAACCAGGCAAUUUUUGUUAGUGAAGCUCAAUCUAUAAUGAGCCUAAUUUACAUAGAAAGAAGGCGUGUUGGCACGGAAAGGAAUGACAAUUAAUUAAUUUACAUACUCAUGACACAGCACAAAUUCAGAGCUGACUGCACCUGCUUAAACUAGAUUGCGGGUUGUUAGUGAAUAAGAUGCGCUGAAUUACCACACGCUAAAGAUGCAUAACUAUUUAGUUAAUGGUAAUGGAACUGCUUUCCACAUGUUUGACAGACCUUAAUUACAAAUUAAUUAAACAUAACGAGUAAAAUCCAUAAGGUACGCUACCUUUAAAGUACACUCAGUUUAGGAUUUAUCCUACAUAAAUAAGGUGUGUGACCUCUUUAUGAUGAAAUUUCGCCAAUUUCAUCAUCUUCAGUUGAUGUUUGACUCCUCUGAAAGACUUUCUUGUGACGCUCCACACUACAGUUCAGUAUGUGGUGGUAAUUCAACAAAAGCUGGAUUGCCAACCACCAAAAACAUCACAAGAAGAAACACUUUCAUGCUAUUGACAGCACUACUGUAUGAAUCAUGAAAAAUCAUUCAACUAAAUAGUACAUAAAUAAACAGCAAUGAUGUCAGAGUUGUUGUUGUGUUCAGUUGAUUGUACUGCAUUGUCAGUGUUGUCUUGUUCGGUACACAUCGAUGUUAAAUUAGCCAGAUAGCUAGCUGCUAGCUAGUGGCUACCAAGCCUCAUUGCCAGUUUCCAUGCCUGCUAAUACUUCCUAACAGGCUUAUGUCAUGACUGGGAUUCAGUUAAAGCUUGUUAUCUGCUUGCGUUUUUAGCAACACGUACCUAAUCCGAUUGUCUAGGUGUAGAACACAGGCUAAAUACAGAAAAUGACUAAAAAGUUCAUCAUCGAUAUA